UGCUAGCACUGAGCACAAGAGGUACUUGUCCCCAGUCUGUGGCUGGAUGUGCAAACUUCUUGCCUGCCUGUGUUGCGUAUCGUGGGAAGUGUGAAAGAUAAUGUUGCUUUAAGACAAGGCCUCAGCCGGCUUCAUAGUCCUCACUGGAGAGUGGAGUUAUAAGGAUUGUUGCUAGACCACAUGUUGCUCUGCUGCUAGAUUCAGGCUGAUGACGUCUUCAAGGACCUGCCUCUGGAUGUCUCCAACCUGCCUGGCUUCAAUAAGGCUGCUCGAGGAAAAUCAGUUGAGCUUAUUAUCAAUCCAGAGAAGAUUUCUACAAUUUAAUGCAAGGUUUCCUGCUGGUGCAGCAUGAAGUGCAGCGAUGGCAAGGAGAGGUAAGACGGUGGUGAGGACGCUAGAAGAUCUGACCCUCGACUCGGGUUAUGGUGGUGCUGCAGACUCCGUCAGGUCCUCCAACUUGUCCCUGUGCUGCUCCGAUUCUCCUCACACGGCGUACCCCUAUGGAGGAAACGGCUGGCAGCAUCUAACUGACUCGAUGCACAGUAGACACAACAGCUUUGACACGGUCAACACUGUCCUAGUGGAAGACUCCGAGGUGCUGGACUGCUUCGGGCAGCACUGCUCCAGGCUGCUGCCUGACCUUGAGGAGGUCCCCUGGAGCCCCGACGAGGUGGAGGCUCUGCUCCUCCUGCAGCGCAAAGAGGCCAGGGGGCUGGUGGCCACCGCCGCCGCCGCCAGCUCCAGCAGCGCCGCCAGCUCCACCACCAUCAGCAGCAGCAGUGGUGGCGGCGGCGGCGGCGGGAGCCCCCCUUCCAAGGAUGCGCUGGCCAGGCUCUCCACUUUGGUCAGCCGGGCGCUCAUCAGGCUGGCCCGGGAGGCCCAGCGGCUGAGCCUGCGCUUCGCCAAAUGCACCAAGUACGAGAUCCAGAGCGCCAUGGAGAUCGUCCUGGGUUGGAGCCUGGCCUCAGGCUGCACGGCGGCCGCCCUCAGCGCCCUGUCGCUCUACAACAUGAGCAGCAGCGGCGGCGACCGCUUCAGCCGAGGCAAGUCGACCCGCUGCGGCCUCACCUUCUCGGUGGGCAAGUUCUACCGCUGGAUGGUGGACAGCCGCGUGGCCGUGCGCAUCCACGAGCACGCCGCCAUCUACCUGACCGCCUGCAUGGAGAACCUCUUCCGAGAGAUCUACGCCAGAGUCCUGCAGCUCGGCGGAGGCGGCGGGCUCAGCGCCUCGGCGCCGCACCACCACCACCACCAGCAGCAGCAGCACCACCACCAGCAGACGCAACAACAACAACAACAGAGUCUCCCGCCGCCGCCACAGCAGCAGCAACAGCCGCCGCCGCCGCCGCCACAACAUCACCACCACCCCCACCCCCGGGGCCCCGGCUCUGCCACCGGCUCUGGCACCACCACUGCCGCCGCUGCCCUGCCUCCGCCUGCUCCUGGAGCCGCUGCAGACAACAAGGACCGGGAGAGUAACAGCAGCAGCAGCAACGCCACCGUCGCCACCAACGAAGCGCCAAAGUUUACGCUGGAGUCUCUGGAGCAGACGGUCAACAACGACUCGGAGCUCUGGGGGCUGCUGCAGCCCUACCAGCACCUCAUCUGCGGGAAAAACGCCAGCGGCGUUCCUUGCCUGCCAGAAACGCUGAAUCUUCACAAAGAGCAGCAAAGGUCAAAUACACCAGGGGAAGUCCAGAUGUUUAGCCAAUCCGAGUUGCGGACCAUCGAGCAAUCUUUACUUGCAACGCGUGUGGGAAGUAUUGCAGAACUCAGUGACCUGGUGUCUCGAGCAAUGCAUCACCUCCAGCCACUCAGCGCAAAGCAACACAGCAACAGCACUCCCAUGCACCACAAGCAGGGCUCGCUCUACUGGGAACCCGAAGCGUUGUACACACUCUGUUACUUCAUGCACUGCCCACAGAUGGAAUGGGAAAACCCAAACGUGGAGCCUUCCAAAGUCACACUACAGACAGAAAGGCCUUUCAUAGUGCUGCCACCCCUGAUGGAAUGGAUAAGAGUCGCUCUGGCUCAUGCAGGGCACCGUCGCAGUUUCUCCGUGGAUAGCGAUGAUGUACGGCAAGCAGCCAGGCUCUUGCUACCAGGAGUUGACUGUGAACCUCGGCAGUUAAAGAUUGAUGACUGCUUCUGUGCUUCUCGGAAACUGGAUGCAGUAGCCACAGAAGCAAAAUUCAAGCAGGACCUGGGAUUCCGGAUGUUGACCUGUGGCCGAACUGAUCUGGUCAAACAGGCCAUAUCUUUGCUGGGGCCUGAUGGAAUUAACAGUAUGAGUGAACAGGGCAUGACUCCACUGAUGUACGCUUGUGUGCGGGGUGAUGAGGCCAUGGUCCAGAUGUUGCUGGAUGCUGGAGCAGAUCUGAAUGCUGAGGUUGUCAGUACUCCUCAUAAAUAUCCAUCCGUCCACCCUGAGACCCGCCAUUGGACCGCUCUGACAUUUGCUGUGUUGCAUGGACAUAUUCCUGUAGUUCAGCUGUUGCUGGAUGCAGGAGCCAAAGUAGAAGGUUCUUUGGAACAUGGCGACGAGAACUAUUCGGAAACACCUUUGCAACUUGCAGCAGCUGCUGGCAAUUUUGAACUGGUGAGUUUGCUUUUGGAGCGAGGAGCUGAUCCCAUGAUCGGAACCAUGUAUAGGAAUGGGAUUUCCAUGACUCCUCAAGGCGAUAUGAACUCCUUCAGUCAGGCUGCUGCACACGGACACAGGACUGAACAUGCGCAGCUAGCAAGAUGUAAGCGUAUAAGAAAUGUGUUUCGUAAGCUGCUGGCUCAGCCAGAGAAGGAGAAGAGUGAUAUCCUGUCCCUGGAGGAGAUCCUGGCUGAGGGGACUGACCUGGCAGACAGUGCUCCAGCUCCUUUAUGUGCCACCCGCAACAGCAAGGCCAAACUGAAAGCUCUGAAAGAGGCGAUGUAUCACAGUGCCGAACAUGGAUACGUGGAUGUAACCAUUGACAUCAGGAGUAUAGGUGUCCCAUGGACUCUCCAUACAUGGCUAGAGUCCUUGCGAACUGCCUUUCAGCAGCACAGAAGACCUCUCAUCCAGUGUUUACUAAAAGAAUUUAAAUCUAUUCAGGAGGAGGAAUACACUGAAGAACUUAUCACACAGGGGUUGCCUUUGAUGUUUGAGAUCCUGAAGGCAAGCAAGUUCAGGAUAACCAAGACCCGAAUUCUUCAUACAUGUGCAUCUUGCAUUCUCCACAUGAGAAGUGAAUAUCAGAAUGAAGUGAUUAGUCAACAACUGGCUGUCAUUUUCACUCAUUGCUAUGGACCCUAUCCUAUUCCAAAACUUGUUGAAAUCAAACGCAAGCAGACCUCUCGUUUAGAUCCCCAUUUUCUUAACAAUAAGGAAAUGUCAGAUGUUACAUUCCUUGUAGAAGGAAGACCUUUUUAUGCACACAGAGUAUUACUGUUCACUGCAUCCCCAAGGUUCAAAGCCCUGUUGUCCAGCAAGCCUGCAUCUGACAGCACUUGCAUUGAAAUCAGCUAUGUGAAGUAUCCCAUUUUCCAGCUUAUUAUGCAGUAUCUCUACUAUGGAGGCUCAGAGUCACUUCUCAUUAAAAACAAUGAAAUAAUGGAGCUUCUAUCUGCUGCUAAAUUUUUCCAGCUUGAAGCACUGCAGCGACACUGUGAGAUCAUCUGUGCAAAAAGUAUCAACACAGAAAAUAGUGUGGAUAUUUAUAAUCAUGCCAAGUUCCUUGGAGUCACAGAACUAGCUUCCUAUUGUGAAGGAUACUUUCUAAAAAAUAUGAUGGUACUAAUUGAAAACGAAGCUUUCAAACAGCUACUGUAUGACAAGAAUGGAGACUCAUCUGGCCAAAACGUACUACAAGAUUUACAGAGGACGUUGGCAGCACGGAUCCAGUCAAUUCAUUUGUCGUCUUCAAAAGGCUCUAUUGUAUAAAGUUCAAGAAGGAUCUGAUAUUUGGAAAAGACGCUGCAAGUGGAAUUUUGCGGUUGCCCUUUCUUAAGUGAAUAUACCACAUGCUUUUUCUUUCCUACUGGAGUAUUAUAUUGCGGUUGUGGGCCAAAGGUGCUGUCACUUACUUGAAUUUUCUCUUCGGCAAGAGGUUGUGGUAGAUGUGGCACCUAUGCAUUUUUGGAACUACAAGGACAUAUUGCUGUUCUGUGAAAUGCUGUUCAGAUUGUGAACAGGAAGUGCUGUCGUGCAGGUAACGCCAACAGAAGAUGGGCCAUGUACCUGUAAACAGCAGAAGCCCCUAACAGAGCAAGGAUGCCAUGGAACAAUUAGUUGACAAAAUCAACAUGUCAGGUUGUUUUUGUUACACAGUGUCAUAUUUUUUUGUGAGACAUGUACUGUCCCUAUCCCACAGUCCACUGUAUUAUGCAUUUAAGAAGCAUAAGACCUGAUAGUUGCUCUUUAGCAAGAGUCAAAGAACUGGUAAGACUGUUAUAAUGGGGGGGAGAGAUAUUGGCAACUUUUUUAGUAGUGGGAACUUUUUAAAAUUGUUCAUAACAAUGGGGUGGCCUUGUAGUUUAAAAAUAUUUCUUAAGCUCCAAAUUUCAUUUUCAAUCAAGUUGUAUUUGAGAAUGUAUGUAACAUGUUAAGUUAGGGUUUUGUUUUUAAUUGUUUUUAAUGGUAAAAUGUACACUGUGUAAACAUACAUCUGAAAAGGUUCUGUUCAUAUGCUUUACUUAAAGGUGGUGUGAUCUUGCCCACGGGGCUGUGUUUACACCAAAGAGGUGCAUUACUGAGGACUAUAUUACCAUCGUUUGGGGUGGAAAAAAAUCUGCAUGCUAAUUGUGGUUUGGGGUUUAAAACAGCAACAAAAUUCAACAUGCCUUUGCAUGGUAAUGGUACCUGUGAAAUGUUACGUUUGUGCUUCAUUUUGCCAAGAAGAAGAAAAAUGCAAUGUUAGUUCUUUGUCAAACUCCAUUUGUGAAAUUAUCAUAUUACAGGGUUUUAUUUUCUGGGUGCAUCCACAAUUCCCACAUAGAAGAGUUUUAAAGAGGAUGAUUUCUAGCUAUUAUAUGAGAGAGGUGGGUCUUUAUUCAAGGGAAAUGUUGGUAUUUUGCUACUGGGCAGAGGUUAUGAUGAAGAUGAUUUAUUUUAAUUAUAUAUUAAAUAUGUGCUAUAGACUGA